AUCAAGCAGGAACUCAAAAAGUGAGUCCCAAGCUUGGCAAGGGAAAAAACUGUUUACGGAAAUUUGACUCACGAUGAAGCUGCUUUUGCUGUGCACUUGGUGGCUGAGCCACGCUUUGGUGGUGCAAAUAUAUGGGCAUUGCCUCAGGCAGCCGUUGCCAACUGAGAAAACUGCUGAUGCUGCCACACGCCACAUGUGGAGAGCCACGGGAUGGCCAGCGGACACGGGCAGUUGCGCUGGGCCAACAACUUUGCGGUCAGCCACUGACAGCGUUGUGGCUGUAGCUGCAGGCAAUGCUACAGCAAAUGCCUCAGCCAAUGCCACAGCCCAUGCCACAUCAGUUCAAGUAGUGAGCCUAGCCAAUUAUGUCUAUCAGUGUGCCGCCAAGCGUGCGCCAAAUCUCUCGCCCGAUUUGCGCUCAACUCAGAGCCUUCAUCGUCCAUUGCAGCUGCAUCUGCAACAGAGGCAGCUUCAACAGUUGACGGUGCCUGCGAUUGCGCUAAAGCUGGUCAACAUCUGUCGUGGCAAGGACGAAGAAAUGUAUUUGGCAUCAGGCUGAAGUCUACACAUGCAACUAUAUUUUUUAGCUUGUGUUUUGUUGCAAGUUCAAUGUUAAAUAUAGCAAUAAUUUAGC